AUGCCACCCAAAACUAGCGGUAAGGCUGCCAAAAAAGCGGGCAAGGCGCAGAAGAAUAUCUCAAAAUCUGACAAGAAAAAGAAGCGCAGGAGGAAGGAAAGUUACGCAAUUUACAUCUACAAAGUACUGAAGCAGGUACAUCCCGAUACGGGUAUAUCCAGCAAAGCGAUGAGCAUCAUGAACAGCUUCGUCAACGAUAUUUCGAACGUAUCGCCUGCGGAAGCUUCCAGAUUGGCACAUUACAACAAACGUGCCACGAUAACUAGCAGAGAAAUUCAGACAGCCGUACGACUAUUGCUACCGGGAGAAUUGGCCAAGCACGCAGUCAGCGAAGGUACCAAAGCCGUCACCAAGUACACCAGUUCAAAAUAA